CUAGUUGAAGGACAUGCCAACGUGAAAUCUUUAAAUAACUCAGAAUCUUAAAUUUUUAACCAUUGAAAUAUCCUUUAAAGAAUGGUUUUGAGUUAGCUCAUCUCAUAACAGAGACCGGGUGAGUGCUUCCACUGUUGUUAAGCUUUUCAAGGGAGUUUUUUUUUUUUUUUUUUUCCUAUAUGUAUAUGUAUAUAUUUAUAUAUGAUAUUAUGAUAAUGAUUAGGGGGUUAGCCUUUUCUUUUCUUUUCUUUUCUUUUCUUUUCUUUUUUUCUCCAAAAUUCCUUCUCACUCUCCUAAAAUUUAAUCACUGACUUAUAGAAGUCAUUGACGCAUUUUUUUGUUAGAGUAUAUGAACAUGUGAAUGGAGUUAAAAAAUGUGAAUAAAAUUUUAAAUCGAUGAGAAAUAAGGGAUUAGAGUGUAAUAUAACUGUGGGAGGUCCAUGAACCUGACAAGCAUGUUUUUUAGUUCAAUAUAGUCUCUUUAUGUGUGUUCAUGUUCACCUAUGUGCUACUCUCCCAACAAGUGGUAUUAGUCUAUCAAAGCUGGUUUUAUAGAACUAUGAGUGUGGAGAAGUCCAUGAUGUGAUAAAGACUCUACAGUAGUUAUCCCAUGUCUUUUGGGUUCAAUGUAGCAUCUCCUCAUAUGUGUUCUGGUGUUCGUAGUCUCCUCAUAUGUUCAGGUGUUCGUUGUCUCCUCAUAUGUGUUCGGGAGUUCGUCGUUUCCUCGUUUGUGUUGGAGUGUUCCGUGCUCUCUCAUCCGUAUGCUCUAUGAAGGAAUCUUUCAUUUUGGGGGCGUUUGGUUGGGGGAAAUUUUCAUUUUAUAAGGUUAUUUACGUAUUUUUGUAAAUUAAUAUUACACCAAAAUAAGGAUAAAAGUGACAUUUUGAA